AUGGCGACUGCAGCGAAGGAUCCACACCUGGGCUCAGGCCCUGAUGAGGACGCAAUGUCUCUGUCAGGGAGCGAGUCCGACUCAGACAGCAUCCUCUCCGAUGACUCUGUGCUUCCUGACUACUCGCCAGAGGUAACGAAUAGACAUGCGGUGUCGACUCUGUAUCAAGCAUGCGCCCGUAAUGAGCCUGUAUCUCUGCGGCGAGUUCUGGAGAGAGGGGUCACAAAAGAGGAGGUCAUGGAACUGGACAUCAACAGUUGGAAUGGCUUGAUGGUGGCUUGCUGCAAAGGUUUCAUAGAUAUCGUGUAUGGGCUUCACAACUGUCCUUAUAUAGACAUUAACCACCAGGACAAUGAAGGCAACACUGCACUGAUGAUCGCAUCCCAAGCUGGUCAUAUUAGCACAGUCAUGUAUCUCCUGAACUACUAUGCCGGUAUAGACCUGGAAAUAAAGGACUGUCGUGGUUUCACAGCCCUCAUCAAAGCUGCUAUGACCGGACGCAAUGAUGUCGUGGCUACCCUUGUUAUGGCUGGAGCUGACAUUCACGCAGUUGACUCCACUAAAGGAAGAUGUGCUCGGGACUGGGCACUGAAAACAGGCCGCUAUGAGACCUUGCAUCGCCUCCGUCGACUGAACAUUCGGCCAAAAGCUGAGCAGUUCUGUGAGACUUAUGUCCCUGAAUGGCCUGAGCUCAAGGAGAAGGUAGCCAAAGCCACAAGUGAGAAAAGCGCCACUGAAAAAAUUUCCCAGCGGUUAAAAAACACAUUUGGGUUCAGACUUCCUCGUGACCCAGAGGACAACGGGGUCUUGGACCACAUGGUGCGCAUGACAACCAGUGUUCAUAGUCCCCUAAUUUCAACUGGAUGCCGCCCACUCUGCCCCAAGAGCCCUCCAGAGGUGGGGAGGAGGCGGCUGGCUGUGCCAGAGCUGGUGGGGAAACACUCAGACAAGAAGCUAGAAGAGGGGUCGGUGUGCCACAGCAACGGCUCUGUGUCACACAUCAUUCCCACAAUCCACUCUGCAGAGUCCAUCUCCACAACAUGCUGUGCCGACACUAUGCGGCGAGGCAGCAUCCUAUCACUGGCCUCCAACAAAGUUGCAACUUCAUUUAUUCCUCGCAGCAUGGCGAGACGGAACAGCGUGUUUCCCUCCGGCUGCAUUCCCAAGAUCAACGUCAGCAGGCCGAUUGAGGCAACGCCAAAGAAAGAGAAGAAGAAGAAGAAGAAGAAGGACAGGCACUUCCUGGAACCACCUGUGUGGAAGUACAAGGAGAUCAAGGAGGAGAGAAAGAAAGAGAAAAAGAAGAUUGAGGAGGAGAAAGAGAAGCAAGAGAAAGAAAAGAAGGCCAAAAAGGACAGCAAGAAGACCAAAAAAUAG